AUGGAUGUCCGCACCUCUUUCCUUAGCGGUUUUCUUAAACAGGAGAUCUACAAGGCUCAACCGGAUGUUCUGGGCAAGGACGAUCUAGUGUACAAAUUCCUAAAGAGCAUUUACGGGUUAAAGCAAGCUUCCGUGUCUGGUACCAAACGUUGUCUGUUAUUCUAUGUUGGAUUUCACAAGCUCAUCAAGGACUGUUGUGUGUUCCUAUUAAUCGUGAACGGGGUCUACUUCUAUAGCGCGGGCGCCUUCAACUCCAGCAUGCCGGAAAGCGGUCAACCUGUUACUGAAGCAGAGAAAGAUGCGAUGAAAGUUUUUCAGUAUCGCGAAGCUAUUAGUAACAUUGUGUACGUGUGGUGGGUACCAUGCCAGAUCAAGCUGAACAACGCACUACCGCAGAUGCGCAGGGACUGA